CUUCCCCGUUGCUACGGCGACGGGGCGGCGCGGAGGGGAAGCGGCCAUGCCGGCGGCGGCGGGCCCGCUCGGGGAGCGGGGACGGGCGAGUGGCGGCGGCGGCGGCUCCCGGCCCGCGGGGAAUGUUGCAGUCAAGAUGGCUACGACAGGACUGUAUAAAAUGGGUGAUGGAAGCAACUAUGCAACUAACUGCUUCCCUGCCAGGGACAUUUUACGUGAGAGUAAAGAAGGGUCUGGGCGCUGGGUGCUGGCACGCAGAGCUACCCCAAGGGUCUGGACUGAGAAGGGGACCACUGGGAAGACACUGCAGCAGAGGAGAAAGCCCCCAGGGUCUACCUCUACAGAAAAUAAUGAAGACAAUGUGCUCGAUGAGCCAUUUCUGAUGAAGCACCACUGUUUGAAGAACCCGUCUGACCUGUGCUCUGUGAACAUAAGCAGCCAAAAUCUGGUCUCUGCUAAAGAAGAUGAUUUUGAGAAAUUUGAUUGCGUUGCUUUCAUAAAUGCUGCCGAGAACCUGCUGACACUAGAGCCGUUUCGGAAGUUUCCAGGACUGCGGAAACUGCAGCUUUCUUUGAACGGACUAAGAAAUCUGAAAAUCACUGCUGGAGACUUCCUGCAUUUGGAAGAUCUGGAUCUCUCCUACAACAACUUGUGCCCCCAGGACGUUUGGACAUUGGGAGAUUUGCCCCAGCUCAAAGUCCUGUGCUUGACGGCCAACGGGCUUUGGUCUCUGCCUCCGGACCUGGCAGGCUCACGAGACUCUGCUCAUUUAAGGUUUCCAUCCCUGGAGGUCCUGUCGCUGGAUGACAAUUGUCUGUCAGACUCGAGCGUCUUUGUGAGCCUUUCUCAGCUCUGCAGCCUGAGGCAGCUGAAUCUGGACAGGAACAAGAUUUCAGCUGUCCCCUACCUGCACCAAGCUGAGAGCCGGCAGUUCUUCCUCCACCCCACGCUGGACGGCCACAGCUUCAGGGCUGAGUGGUACAAGUUCCUGAGCAGCCUCUGGCAGCGGCCCCAGCUGCCGCAGCAGGAGGACACGGAGGUGCCAGCAGAGCUGGAAGCGAAGAAAGGACAGCUUGAAUAUGUCGUGUUACAGAACGACAGGGAUCCAGACAAGACAGAGGUUGUUUAUAAUUCUGGCUCUCAGGAACACCCAGCGCUGGUUGUUCCCAGGGAGGGAGAACCAUCUGCCUUGAGGGCUCUGCUGACUCCCUCCACGCGCAGGGACGUUUGUGCUCCCUUUCCUGCACUGAAGCAUCUCAGCCUGGCCUUCAACAAGAUCGCAGAUGAGACAGCUCUCCUACCCGUGGCUUUCUUCCCGUGCCUGAAGGAGCUGACGUUUCACAACAACCCUCUCACCACCACCCGGAGCGGGCAGCCGCCUCUGCUGACCCAGCUCCUCCAGCACAAUCUGGGGAUUAAACUUGUCCGACAGAAGAGCCUAGCCAUGGAGAGGCGGCACUUCUCCAUCCCUCUCAAAGCCAGCCGCAAGGUCACGUCUCAUCUCCCCAAAGUCACAAAGCAGCCGCUGAUGCUGAAAGCUCCUGUCAAGACCUUUCUCUGGAAACAGCUCCCAGCUGCUGCGGCGGCUGCGAGAGAUGCUGCGCCUCCGAGUCUGGCCCAGCCACUGCCCCCCAUCAGCUCCGCAGCCCCAGCCGGCAACCGGCAGACGGUGCUGGGGGAAGAUGACCCCAGGCCUCCUCCUGGCUCAGCCGAGGAGGACGUUGCUUCUUUCUUCAUGACACAGGUAGAGGAUGAGUCCAGACCCCUGCCGGGGCCCGUGGCAGAGGCCAGGCUGGAGAAGAGUGAGCAGAAGGGCAAAGGAAGCUCCCAGGUGGUUCCAGAGCGAUACAAAGGCUAUGAGGAGCUGCUUGGUGGAGACACAGACCCAGAUUUUAUCGAGCCAGUCGGGAUACAGAAGAACGUGCAGGCACUGUACAACAUCCUGAAACAUCCCCUGGUUUACCGGGACACGAAGCCACGACUAGACAGCCUACAGAAGCCCUACGUCCCUCGGAAAAAGCACAGGAGGAUGCCUGGCCCGCCCGCCCAAAAGACAAGAGCAGAGAUCCUGGAAGGAAUCCUGACGGCCAUGAGAAACACCUCGACCAUCACCGAAAUCCCCUUAGCAUCUGUUUUGCAAAAGAGGAAAUCCAGCUCCGAGGUGUACCGGGAGGCACGGAGGCUGAUGGAGGAAUUCCAGGAGGUGUUUGAGAUCCCCCCUGCAACCAUCGGCGAGGAGACGGCCACACCAUCGCGUGAGGGCCAUGUGGUAAAAGCCCUUCUCGCAGGGGCGAUGUCCAAGCAGGGGAGCCCCAAACAGCGACAGCUGCCAGGGAGGAGAGUGGCCAAGAAGGCGCCCGAAGUUUAGUCCGCAGUAUAGCCAGGAGUUGAAUAAAGCAUCCCACACCUUGGUCCUCUUGGGUAAAACGUACGUUAUUUUGUAACUUGUUUGGAGCCAUUCUUCCCCUCCUGAGGUUGCAAAAUUGAGUGCGGUGACAAGAUUCAUCUCAGGCUUUUAGGCAGCGACUUCCAGUUCUUGAAAGCACCGAUGCAGCCACAACACUGCCAUGACAGCACGGAAAAACCACGGCUGCUUUCUUAUGCUUUGUAAGAAAAACUGCUGCACCUUCUGGGUGCUGCAGGCAGGUUUUGGCCAGCAACAAUCAGGGCAGAGAGUGCUGCGACUGCUGCGUCCUGCGAUGAGCACAGCUCACGACGGGGCUCUGCCUGCGCCGAUGGGGUCGUACAAGGAGGGUGUGUGGGCGAGCAGCAACGCCGCCGCCACCAUUAGCGGAGCGGCAAGCCAAUGCGAGCUCCCCCCGUCCUCCCAGCUCCCGCCGUCGUCCCAGCAUCGCUCUGUCCCGCAGCCAAGCGCUGGGGAAAAUCCGUCCGACGCUGGGGCAGCGCUGCUCGUGGCCGCUCUGAGCACGGGGCCCCAUCCCACCGGACCCCAGCGUGCUCAGGGAGCCGAGCUGGGCACAGACCAGUUAUUAACACCCCAAAUCCAUCCCGUGGUCUGGCACCCCUAAAACCAGCGGUGUCAGUGCCACCGGAGGGGUUGGGCUGAGCGACAGGGGGGUGAUGGGAGGAUGCUCCCCUCCCACUGGCUGCUCACCUACAUGAAAAAUACGCCGUUAUACUCACCUUCGCCUUCAUUUUUUUUUAAUUUCCUGCAAAACAUUAACCAUUCAG